AGUUUAUAUUUAUAUAUACCUAAAAUAUCCCUAUAUUAAAUUUUUAUUUUUUUUUUAAAUUUGUUCUUUGUUGUUGUAUAUAAAUAAAUAAAUAUAAAUAAAAAAUGGUAGGAUUUGAAGACCAUAUCGCAGCUGUUACCAGAAAUUAUCAAGUUAACCCACGUUUAGAUUAUAGAACUGUUACUGGUGUUAAUGGUCCACUUGUUGUUUUAGAUAACAUCAGAGGUCCAAAAUUCUCUGAAAUUGUAACUUUAACUUUAGGUGAUGGUACUCAAAGAAAAGGUCAAGUUUUAGAAAUCAGCGGUAAAAAAGCUGUUGUCCAAGUUUUCGAAGGUACAAUUGGUAUUGAUGCUAAACACACUCGUUGUGAAUUCUCUGGUGAUAUUCUUAGAAUGCCAGUAUCAGAAGAUACUUUAGGUCGUAUUUUCAAUGGUUCUGGUAAACCAGUCGAUAAAGGUCCAGCUGUUCUUGCUGAAGAAUAUUUAGAUAUUCAAGGUCAACCAAUUAAUCCAUCAGUUAGAGUUUACCCACAAGAAAUGAUUCAAACUGGUAUUUCAGCUAUUGAUACUAUGAAUUCAAUUGCUAGAGGUCAAAAGAUUCCAAUUUUCUCUGCUGCUGGUUUACCACACAAUGAAAUUGCUGCUCAAAUUUGUCGUCAAGCCGGUUUAGUCAAGAAACAAGGUAAAUCAGUCAUUGAUGAUCAUGAAGACAAUUUUGCUAUUGUUUUCGCAGCUAUGGGUGUCAAUAUGGAAACUGCUUCUUUCUUCAAGAGAGAUUUCGAAGAAUCAGGUUCAAUGGAAAGAACCACUCUUUUCCUCAAUUUAGCAGAUCAUCCAACUAUCGAACGUAUUAUUACUCCACGUCUUGCUCUUACCACCGCUGAAUAUCUUGCUUACCAAUGUGAAAAACACGUUCUUGUCAUUUUAACUGAUAUGUCUUCAUACGCUGAUGCUCUUCGUGAAGUUUCAGCUGCUCGUGAAGAAGUACCAGGUCGUAGAGGUUAUCCAGGUUACAUGUAUACCGAUCUUUCAACCAUUUACGAACGUGCCGGUCGUAUUGAAGGUAGAAACGGUUCCAUUACUCAAAUUCCAAUUCUUACUAUGCCAAAUGAUGAUAUUACCCAUCCAAUUCCAGAUCUUACUGGUUAUAUUACUGAAGGUCAAAUUUUCAUUGAUCGUCAAAUUCACAACAGACAAAUCUACCCACCAAUUAACGUACUUCCAUCACUUUCACGUCUAAUGAAAUCUGCUAUUGGUGACGAUAUGACUCGUGGUGAUCACUCUGAAGUUUCAAAUCAAAUGUAUGCUAACUAUGCUAUCGGUAAAGAUGUUCAAGCUAUGAAAGCCGUCGUUGGUGAGGAAGCUCUUUCAUCAGAAGAUAAACUUUAUUUAGAAUUUUUAGAACGUUUCGAAGGUAGAUUCGUCGGUCAAGGUUCAUACGAAAACAGAGAUAUUUUCAAUUCACUCGAUUUAGGUUGGUCACUCUUACGUACUUUCCCUCCAAAUUUAUUAAAAAGAAUUACAGAAAAAACUAUAAAACAAUACUAUGCCCGUUCAGAAUCAAACAAAGGAACUGUUGAUUCAUCUAAUUAAAGUAUAGAUUAAAUAAAAAAAAUAUAAAAUAAAAAUAAAGUAAAAAUAAAAGUAAAUUGUCAAC